AUGCAAGAGAAUAACAAAGAUGGCUGAAGAACAGGAGGUGAUACAAAUAGAGUUGCUAUGCAAACAGUUGUACGAGUCGCAGGACCCGCUCGUCAGGGAGCAGGCGGAGAAGGCGGUCGUCGGAUUCCAGGAGUCUCCCGACACCCUCAGCAAAUGUCAGGCGUUACUUGAGAGAGCUGACUCCAGUUACUCACAGCUGCUAGCCGCCACAACGCUUGCCAAACUAAUUAGCAGGUCGACAGCGAGCCUGUCCACUCAACAGCGGCUUGACAUUAGGAACUAUGUGCUCAACUAUUUGGCAACUAGGCCGAAACUGGCCAAUUUUGUCGUGCAGUCGCUGGUGUCUCUAUUCUCUCGCAUCACCAAGUUGAGCUGGUUCGACAUGAUCAAGGAGGAGUAUGUUUUCCAAAACGUUAUAAAUGACGUCACCAACUUCCUCAGAAGUCAAGACCUGUGCACGAUAGGGGUACAGCUCCUGUCUCAGCUGGUGGUGGAAAUGAACCAGGUCUCUGAAGCUGAUGCCAACCGCUCCCUCGCCAAACAUAGGAAAAUCGCUUCGUCUUUCAGGGACAGUCAACUGUUCGAGAUGUUCCGUCUAUCAUGUUCUCUACUGGGCACGAUGCGAGGCAAACCUCUAGAACUGUCCGACGAGAGGCAGCACGCGCUGGUCGCGGCGCUGCUGCGGCUGGCACACAACUGCCUCACCUUCGACUUCAUAGGCACCACCAGCGACGAGUCCAGCGACGACCUGUGCACUGUGCAGAUACCGACAUCGUGGCGGCCUACAUUCCUAGAGUCCGGUACAUUGGACCUAUUCUUCGAGCUGUACCACCUACUAGGCGGGGCUCUGGCCAGCUUAGCACUGGCUUGCUUGGUACAACUGGCUUCCGUACGAAGGUCUCUCUUUAGUUCCAAUGAACGAGCCAAGUUCCUGAACCGGUUGGCCGCUGGAGUGCUCAGGAUAUUGGAUAAUACGCAGGGCCUAUCGGACCCGACGAACUACCACGAGUUCUGCCGCCUCCUCGCUCGACUGAAGUCUAACUACCAGCUGGGCGAGCUUGUCAUGGUGGACAGCUACCCUCGCCUCAUCGAGCUCAUCGCCAAGUUCACUGUGCAGAGUCUGCAGAUGUGGCAAUUCGCCCCUAACUCGGUACACUACCUCCUCUCGCUGUGGCAACGCAUGGUGGCUUCAGUGCCCUACGUGAAGGCCAGCGAGCCACAUCUCCUCGAGACAUACGCGCCAGGAGUCACCGCAGCCUACAUCGGGAGUCGGUUAGACUCCGUCGCUUGUGUUAUCAGGGACGGUUUAGAAGACCCGCUAGACGACGCGGGAACAGUUCAGCAACAAUUGGAGCAACUUUCAGUGGUCGGUCGCUGCGAGUACGGCAAGACUUGUCAACUUUUAGUCGCCCACUUCGAUAGAGCGGCCGCGGCCUAUAGCGUUGAAACACAGCCACAUCAAAUACUUGUGUUGCAAGGUCAGCUAACCUGGCUGGUGUAUAUAAUCGGCGCUGCGAUAGGCGGUCGGGCGUCCGUCAACACUUGUGAUGAGAACGACGCCAUGGACGGCGAGCUCGUCUGCCGCGUGCUGCAGCUCAUGGACCUCACCGACUCCAGGCUGGCACAGGGUGGCUGCGAGAAGCUAGAACUAGCAAUGAUGUCAUUCUUCGAGCAGUUCCGCAAGAUCUACGUGGGUGAACAGGUGCAGAAGAACAGCAAGGUGUACCGGAGACUCAGCGACGUGCUCGGCCUGGCUGACGAGAGCCAACUGCUCAGUGUGCUCAUGAGGAAGAUUAUAACAAACCUGAAGUACUGGGGCAGCUCGGAGCAGAUCAUUGCGAAGACGCUCGGUCUACUCAGCGACCUGAGCGGCGGCUACUCCUGCGUGAGGAAGCUAGUCAAGCUGGACGAAGUGCAGUUCAUGCUGACACAUCAUACGGCGGAACACUUCCCAUUCCUCGGCAUAGCCGGCGUCGGAGCCGCAGAGAUGCGAUGCCGCAGCAUGCUGUACACGGCACUGGGCCGACUGCUCAUGGUGGACCUGGGGGAGGACGAGGACCGCUUCCUGGCGUUCAUGAUGCCGCUCACUGCGGCCUUCGAAAGUAUAAUCGGCCUCCUAAGCGGUCCGGAAUCGACGAUGUUCAACUCUGAGGACGCCAAGAAGACGCUGAUAGGCCUCGCGCGAGAUCUUAGAGGCCUCGCGUUCGCUUUCAAUACGAAGACUACUUAUAUGAUGCUGUUUGAUUGGAUCUACCCAGUAUACAUGAAAGUCCUACUCCGAGGCAUAGAAGUGUGGUUCUCGGAGCCAGCCCUGACCACCCCCGUGCUGAAGCUGACGGCAGAACUCGCGCAGAACAGAAACCAGCGGCUUCACUUCGACGUGUCCUCGCCCAACGGAAUACUGCUGUUUAGAGAACUCUCUAGCAUUAUUUGUGCUUAUGGCAGCAGAAUACUAACGAUAGACGUGGCUAAGAAGCAGAUGUACGCGAUGAAGCUGAAAGGCAUUUCACUAUGUUUCUCUAUACUGAAGGCUGCGCUUUGCGGGAAUUAUGCUAACUUUGGCGUUUUCAGGCUAUACGGUGACGAGGCACUCGAUAACGCACUCAAUAUGUUCGUCAAAUUACUGCUCAGUAUACCACAGAGCGAUCUACUUGACUACCCGAAGCUAUCACAGACAUACUACGUGUUGCUAGAGAGGCUGGCGCAGGACCACAUGCCGUUCCUGGCAUCGCUACAGCCCGACGCCACUCUCUACAUACUGUGCUCCAUCUCUGAAGGACUUACUGCUCUAGAUACGAGUGUAUGUACAGGAUGCUGCGCCACGCUAGAUCAUAUAGUCACAUAUCUAUUCAAACAGUUAGUGCAGAAAUCGAGCAGUAAACUGUCGACGCCGCGGGCGGCGGCGCCGGAGACCAGCAACAUGUUCAUAGAGGUGCUGCAGAGACGCCCCGAGAUCAUGCAGCAACUGUUAGCCACUGUACUAAACGUAAUAAUGUUCGAAGACUGCUGCAACCAGUGGUCGAUGUCCCGUCCUCUCCUCGGGCUGAUACUCCUCAACGAGGAGCAGUUCGGCCGCAUCAGACAGGACAUGAUCUCCCAGCAGCCUCGCGACAAGCAGCAGCAGUUGGCACAUUGGUUCAACGGCUUAAUGGCCGGCAUCGAACCUAACCUGCUCACUAAGAAUAGGGACAGGUUCACACAAAACCUGUCGAUGUUCCGCCGGGAUAUCAACGACCUGCUGAAGGGCGCGGCGGGCGUCAGCGGCGGCAACGUGAGUGACAUGAUGACGUCAUAACUGACACACCACUGCGGUAGUCGCCAGAGGUAACGGUAGUCUUGACCAGCCGUUUGUCGUACCUACUACUAGUAGUCUAAGUUCACUGACCAGUUGACAAAAAAAAAAUUCAAAAUCUUUAUAAAUAACUAGUUUUUGUCCGCGACUUCGUUCGCGUGGAAUAGUGACUUCCGGCAGAUUUUUGGUUUGACCAAUAGAUGGCGCUAUAUGUCCGGAAUAUUUUUCCUAUGUCUUUUCUCAAGUUUCAAACUAUGUCUGUACCAAAUUUCACACAAAUCGUUUCAGUAGUUUAGGCGUGAAGAAAAGACAGACAGACAGAGUUACUUUCACAAUUAUAAUAUUAGUUAGGAAUUAUGAUUCUGGGCGUUCGUAUAAAAACACAACGUGAAAAUGAAACUUUAAAUUUACUUUUACAGACUUCUUUUAACCUUUUGUUCUGACCAUGGAUGCUGUAAAGGAUCCGAAAAGUCGGGAUUAAAUAAUAUUAAUAAUUUCUUAGUAAAAGUAGUUUUAUUUUACUAAUAAAUUAUUAGUUUUCUUCAAACAACAGUUUAUUAUGAAUUUUUGCUGCUUCAAUAAGUCAAUUCUCUUUAUUUUUUUACUUGAAUUAAAACCCUAUCCGCCAUAUUAUAAAACGUGGUUUUAAGAAGUACCCGCUUUACAGCCAGUUUCUUCAUCAA